AUGAAGCAGGAGGAGACGCAGGAGGAGCUGAUGUUUGAGGAGGACUCUGUGCUCGGACAGGAGGAGGAGGAGGAGGAGGAGGAGGAGAGCAGCAGAAACAGGGUUCUGGUUGAACUGGAGUUACUGAUGUGUAAGACCAGGAGGAUGAUGGGAAACAUGACAACGACUGGAGGAAAAGUCCUGGUGACGGUCCUACUGGGACUCACAGGUAUCGUGUUCCCCUCUCUCUCCUCCCUCCCCUACCUCUUCUGUUUCCAGGUGUUGUGCACCUGGUGGGCGUGGUCAGGUCAGGUCCCGCCCCUCCUCUUCAGGUCUGUGUCUGUGAUGUCACUGCUCUACUCCUCAUCCCAUUUCCUGCUCCUCUACUGUUACCAGCUGCCCUCCCUGCAGGAGGUGUGGCCCCCGAACCGCACCUCCGCCAGUGUGUUUGGCCUGCUGCCGGUGGUCUCCGUGGACUGCUCCGCCCCCUGGAGGAUGCAGGUGAACUCUGAGCUCAGCUGGUUCCACGUCACCAGUCCUCUGAUGCUGCUGCUACUCUACAACACUGUGGCUACUCUGUGGAGGAACCAGCUGAUCGACGGCGUUGGGUGGUGGUGGGGGGGCGUAGAGAGGGCGGAGUCGGCGAUCAGCAUGAGCUGUGACGUCAUCACCUCCACCAGCAACCUGAGCGAUGAGGUCAGCGGUGACAUCACAGCGGAGAGACGGAGGGAGCUGUGGAGGAGAGCUCAUGACCGUCCCGAGUGCAGAGACGUGUCAUCCACCAAUGACAGUCCCUCUGACUCCUUUGCCCUGCCCACCCAGAGCACAGCCCUUGGAUUGGAUGUUUACUCCACGCCUCACUACUCUCUGAGCCAAUCAGACACGUUGGAGACGUGUGUGUUUGAAGGACACCGAUGGGAGGAGGAGGAGGAGGAGAGGAGGAGAGAUGAGGAGGAAGAGGUGGAGGAGAGGAGGAGGAGGGAGGAUGAGGAGGGAGUCAGUGCUGCGUCCAUGGCGUUCAGCUUCCUCCUCAAACAGAGCUACAUCUGUGCUCUGAUCUCCAUGAUGGCGUGGCCCAUCACCUACGUGUCCUGGCUGACGUGUGUCCUGCUGCUGUGGUCGUGUGUCCUCUGGAUGAUGCGAGAGCGUCGCCGCUACACACUGAUGUCAUCGCCCUGGCUGGUUGCCUACGGCAACCUGCUGGUCAUCAUGCAGUAUGUCUACAGCUUCCCCUCAAUCCAGGAAGUACCGGGACUGUUCCCUAGGAAAGAGGAUCCCUGUAGGGAGCUGGCCUCCAAGUUGUUGUGUCUGUUGACCUUCUGGCUGCUGCUGCGUCAGGCGCUAACUGAGAAGAGAGACAGACAGAAAGACAGACAGGCAGACACACAGCUGUCUAACAUCACCGUCCACAUGGAGGAGGAGGAGAAGAAGGAGAUGUCCUAUGAGGAGGUGCUGCUCCUGCACACAGGAGGAGGAGGAGUCAAGUUGGAGGCUCUGGUUGCUGUGGUUACCAGGAUGUUUGUUAAAUACUGGAUCUACGUCUGUGGAACAAUGUUCUUCUUCGUUAGUUUUGAAGGAAAAAUCGUCCUCUACAAAGUCAUCUACAUGGUCAUGUUCCUCUGCUGCGUCGCCCUGUACCAGUUGAACUAUGAGCGUUGGCGUGCCAUGCUCAGGGGUUUCUGGGUAGCCGUGGUGGUUUACUCCAUGUUGGUCCUCAUCCUGGUCUACACCUUCCAGUUCCCCUCGUCCCUCCACACCUGGAGCUACUACACUGGAUUAAGUACACACAGGUUGGAGGAUGUUGGGUUGGAGAAGUUCUCAGUUCCUGUUCUCUUCACCAGGAUCUUCAUCCCUGCUGCGUUCCUUUUGGUGUGCAUUGUACACCUGCAUUACUUCCACAAACCAUUCCUGCAGCUGACCGACCUGAAGACUGUGGUGGACACACACAACAGCACCAUCACCAGGUUGGUCCACUCUGAGGGUAGCCUGUUCGACCUGUCGGUGUGUGGAGCUCCUCAGCUCCUCCUGGAGGCAGAGAAGAGCGGAGGACAAAGGGAGAGAGAGGAGGAGACAGAAGAGAAAUGGAUAAAAGAGGAGGAGUACACCUGUGUGUUUGAGAGGGAAACCCUGUCCGACCAUAUUAAAGUGCUGGUCUCCUGGAGGCUGGUGGUGGAUCGUCUCUCUGUUUUGUUCCUGCGCCUCCUCCUCUCCUUGCAGCGCCUGCAGCACCUCCUCUGGUGGCUCCUGGAACUCCACAUAGUCAAGAUCGUCUCCUCCUACAUCAUCUGGGUCUCUGUGAAGGAGGUGUGCGUGUUUAACCUGCUAUUCGUGCUGUGUGUGGGCGGGGCUCUGCCCUGUAGGGCGUGGCGCCCCCUGCUGUCAGGAGUCUGUACAGUUUGGACCUGUGUGGUGACCGUCUGUAAGAUGUUGUACCAACUCAACAUCGUCCAGCCCAUCAGAUACUCCUCCAACUGCACCGUGCCAGGUAACUCCAGCACCGACCUGUCUCGCUCUGUUUUGUACUCUGGUCCAGUUGACCCCGCCCAGUGGGUGGGGCUUCGAAAGACGGACGGAAAACUGCUUGACUACCUCAGGUAUAACCUGAUGAUGCUAGCGCUGUUAGCCUUCGAGGUGACAGUUUACAGACACCAGGAGCUCUACCGUCUCCGCCGUAACGAAGUCCCGCCCCCUACCAAAACGCUGUUUCAUGACAUCACCAGGCAUCACCUGGACGACAGCGUGCUAAGCUGUAUCAAGUACUUCCUCAACUACUUCUUCUACAAGUUUGGCCUGGAGACCUGCUUCCUGUUGGCCGUGAACGUGAUUGGUCAGCGGAUGGAUCUGUUUGCCGUAGGCCACGCCUUUGGCCUCAUCGGCGUCCUAUCAAAGCGCAACAGGAAGCACAUCGCCUCAGUGUGGCCCAAGUACUGCUACUUCCUGUCAGGGCUGUUGUGCUUCCAGUACAUGCUGUGCAUUGGGUUCCCUCCGGCUGCCUGUAAAGAUUAUCUCUGGAGACCUCCGUCUUCCAACAUGGACUCCAACGUGGUGAAGUGGCUCUUCCUCCCUGAUCACCUGACACCACCGAACCCAGUCUUCCUCCUCUAUGAUUUCCUGCUCCUCCUCGGAGCGUCUCUGCAGCUGCAGGUGUUUGAGGAGGAGCUCCUGUCGUCAGUUCAGAUCCUCGCGGGAGACAACUGUGAACUGGACGAGGAUGGCGGACAGGUGUCCGAUCCAAUCAGGCGACUCCGUCUCAACACAGGCCCUGACUUCAUGCUGUGCAGGUCUUACCUGGACAUGAUGAAGCUGAUCAUCUUCAGCUACAUGUUUUGGUUUGUCCUCACCAUCAUCUUCAUCACUGGGACGACCAGGAUCAGUAUCUUCUGUAUGGGUUACCUGGUGGCGUGUUUCUACUUCCUGUUGGUGGGCGGAGAUCUGCUGCUGAAACCAGUCAAAUCUAUCCUGGUGUAUUGGGAUUGUCUGAUUGGCUACAACGUGUUCGUCAUCACCAUGAAGAACAUUUUGUCGAUCCUGGCCUGUGGUUUCAUCAAGUCGUUGGUGUUGAAUCACUGUUGGCUGAUUCAGCUCUUCAGUCUGGCCUGCACCAUCAAAGGAUACACAAAACCGGAGCAGCAGAGCAGUAAGCAGUGUGAGUUGCCGAGUGACGAGGCCGGAAUCAUCUGGGACGGCGUCUGUUUCUGUUUCCUGUUGCUUCAGAGGAGAGUCUUCAGGAGUCACUAUUUCCUGUAUGUGGUCCUGGACCUUCAAAAUACACAAUUACUAGCCUCCAGGGGGGCAGAGCUCUUUGAGGCGUCCACAGUGAAAGCUGUCAGAGCGAGACUGGAGGUGGAGAAGACGUCCAUGGACCUUCUGAAGAGACAGAUGGAAAGAAUUAAAUCCCGACAGAAGAAGUUCCGCAGGGGAAAAGAGAAGAUGUUGAGUUUGACCCAAGACAGCUUCCAUCCCGACGAUCAGGAGAACAGGAAGGGGCGGAGUCACAAGAAGUGGUGGAGACCCUGGGUAAACCACGCCUCCAUGGUGAGGAGCGGCGACUACUACCUGUUUGAGACAGACAGUGAGGAAGAGGAGGAGGAGGAGGAGAAGAAGGAGGAGGAGCUACCUGAGAAAUCAGCCUUCCAGUUUGUGUAUCACGCCUGGAUCACAGACUCCAGAACAGCAAUGAGAGUUCGCAACAACCAAGAGAAACUGUGGAAGAAGAACUCCUCUGAUCGAAAGAGCAGGAAGGAGGAGAAGAGAGGAGCCGGAGGAAUAGAAGUGACGGAGGACACGGAGGAGGAUGGAGAGGAGGAGGAGGAGGAGGAGAAAGAGGAGGGACCAGACACCGUCCUGCGUCGGUUCUCCAGCACGUUGCGGUUCUGUUGGGUUCUGCUGUCGGCUUUGCUGGACUCUCUGACUGCCUGGCUCAGCGGUCUGUGUCAGGAGCACAUCGACAUCUCCACCGUCCUCCGCAUCGAGCGCCGCAUGCUAACGCAGCAGGCCAAGCAGGGUAAUGUUCCCACCAGAGAGGCGAUCCACAUUUACUACCAAGAACAGAUGAUGAAGGCCUCCAGAGAGUCAGGUCUGAACUACAGUACCCAUGAGGCUGAGCGGCAGGCCUCAGCAGAGACCAGAAGGGAGGAAGAAGAAGAGGCAGUAAGUCCUGAUACUGAUGAGGAACCAGAUAGUAAUCCAGAUAAACCAGAAUCAGGACCACUAUCAGGAGGAGCUCCACUUGAACCAGAACCAAUAUCAGGAGGAGAUGGUUCAGGUGAACCAGAACCAGUAUCAGGAGGAGAGGGUUCAGGUGAACCAGAAGCAGAACCAAUAUCAGGAGGAGAUGGUCCAGGUGAACCAGAAGAAGAACCAGUAUCUCUAGCAGAUGGUCCAAGUGAACCAGAAACAGAACCCGUAUCUGGAGCAGAUAGUCCAGGUGAAGCAGAACCAGUAUCUAGAGCUGAGUAUCCAGGUGAACUAGAAGCAGAACCAGUAUCUGGAGGAGAUGGACUAGGUGAACCAGAAGAAGAACCAGUAUCUGGAGGAGAUGGUCCAGGUGAACCAGUUUCAGCAGAGCCUCCAUCCUCAGGACUUGAACCAGAGAGAGUAACAGUGGAAGAUUACUCAGUAGGCCCGGUGACUUCAAUCAGCCAAAGAAGGCGACCCAAACUGACCCGGAUGGAGAGAGUCCAGUCUUCAUGGUCCUCCUCGUCUUCAGAGGAAGAAUCGAUGAGAACUGAAGAAUCAAAGCCGACUCACACCAGCGCCUCCUCCCCCACCUCCCGCUGCUCCCUCCUCCUCCCCCCUUCCUACAGCCUUGCUCUAGGGCUGGAUCUGCAUGAGGAGGAGGAGGAGGAAGAGGAGGAGGCUGGGGAGGGAUUCAGGAAGCGGCGGCGGAGUGACUUCCUGUCUGACUCGGCCUCCACUUCCUGUCCGGCGGCGGCGUCUCGCGCUCAGGAGCUGACGGCCAGCGAGCUGCUGCGGAGCAGGACUUUCUACGACGAGGAGCUGGAGGCGUCGGACUGUUUCUACGGCGACCAGCACCAGCUGCUCCAGAUGUGCUACGCCCUCUACAACAUCCUGGCAGCCAGGUCGGAGACGGUGUGCUACCUGGUCAUCGUGUUGAACCACAUGGUGUCCGCCAGCUGUCUGACGUUGGUACUUCCUGUUCUGGUGUUUCUGUGGGCGACGCUGUCUGUCCCUCGGCCCAGUAAGACCUUCUGGAUGACGGCCAUCAUCUACACCGAGGUCACCAUCGUCAUCAAGUAUUUCUUCCAGUUCGGUUUCUUUCCGUUCAACCAGAAGCUGGAGGUGGAUCGCUCCAAACCGUUCCAUCCCCCAAACAUCCUGGGGGUGGAGAAGAAGGAAGGCUAUGUCCUCUAUGACCUCCUGCAGCUGCUUGCUUUGUUUUACCACAGAGCCAUACUCAAGUGUCACGGACUCUGGGAUCAGACCACGGAGACCGAUGCCGUCCAUCACCAUGAUAACCAGGCAGACUCCGCCUCCGUCGAUCCGACCGAGCUCACCGGCACCGUGCGGCGGCGUCGAGGCCGGAGACGGACGAAUUCCGGCUCCAGCCAGCUGCGCUCUCCUGCAGGCAGUUUGAGCUCCAGAGCUCAGCAGCCCGGCAGGUUUGAUCUGCUGCUGGAGAAACUCAGGGAGCUCUCCAUCAGAGCCAAGGAGUACUCUGUUAGCAGGUGUUUGUCUCUCUACCGUCCCGUCCUUCACUUCUUCAGAGCUCUAGUCCAACCAGAAUACAGCGCCGUCACUGACGUUUACGUCCUCAUGUUCCUCGCCGACACCGUCGACUUCAUCAUCAUCGUCUUCGGCUUCUGGGCCUUUGGAAAACACUCUGCGGCUGCUGACAUCACUUCCUCCCUCUCAGAGGACCAGGUUCCUGAAGCGUUCUUGGUGAUGGUUCUGAUCCAGUUUGGUACCAUGGUGAUAGACAGGGCUCUGUAUUUGAGGAAGACCGUUUUAGGGAAGUUAGUCUUUCAGGUGAUUUUGGUUUUUGGGAUUCACUUCUGGAUGUUCUUCAUCCUGCCGACCGUCACUGAGAGGCGAUUCAAUCAGAACCUGGUGGCUCAGCUCUGGUAUUUUGUAAAGUGUGUUUACUUCGGGUUGUCGGCCUAUCAGAUUCGAUCUGGAUACCCGACACGAGUUCUGGGAAACUUCCUGACGAAGAGCUACAACUACCUCAACCUCUUCCUCUUCCAGGGUUUCCGUCUGGUCCCCUUCCUGACCGAGCUGAGGGCGGUGAUGGACUGGGUGUGGACAGACACUACUCUGUCUCUGUCUUCCUGGAUCUGUGUGGAGGACGUUUAUGCCCACUGCUUCGUCUUAAAGUGCUGGAGGGAGUCUGAGAAGAGGUACCCUCAGCCUCGUGGGCAGAAGAAGAAGCGUGUGGUGAAGUACGGGAUGGGCGGUCUGAUCGUUCUGCUGCUGAUCUGCAUCGUUUGGUUUCCUCUGCUAUUCAUGUCUCUCGUCAAGUCUGUCGCCGGUGUCGUCAACCAACCGAUUGACGUCUCUUUGACCAUCACACUGGGAGGCUUCCAGCCCAUCUUCACGAUGAGUGCUCAGCAGAAUCAACUCAAAGAUCUGACUGAGGAAGACUUCAGCUCCUUCACCAGCUCCUACAGCUACACACCUAGUGCCUUGCAGUUCCUGGAGGCUUACGGUCACGAGGACGUGACGGUGGCAGAGCUGCCCGGCAGCAGCAACUCUCUGUGGACCAUCAGUCCUCCCAGCAGGCAGUACCUGAGCCAGGUGCUCAGUCUGGACCACUUCCCCCUCACGUUGUCCUGGACUGUUCAGAGGAAUCUGAGUCUGGGGGCGAAGGCGGAGCUUGCAUCAGGUAAACAUGUGACCUAUCUAGACGACCAGACUCGCCUGGAGCUGAUCCAGCUGCUGAACGGGACGAGGUCACUUCCUGUCGUCAUACAGGAAGUGUUUCCGUGUUUCAUUCGAGCUCCCAGCGACUCCAACUCCAAACCCAUCCAACAGCUUUACCCAGACGACCGCUACAAGGACAUCCUACUGGCCCUGGAGCGGUCGACCAAUCAGAGCCGAGAGAUCCAGGACUGGUGGAUCGUCGACCAACCAGCUGCCAGCCUGGUGCCCAUCGGAGGCGGAUCUUCGCUGAGUGACAGGAGGGAGGCGGGGCUUCAGCUGUUUGUGUUCAGUGAUAAAGUCAGUCCUCCGAGUCUGGGCUUCCUGGCUGGAUAUGGCAUCAUGGGACUUUAUGCGUCGGUGGUUCUGGUGAUCGGGAAGUUCGUGCGGGAGUUCUUCAGCGGGAUCAGUCACUCCAUCAUGUUCGAGGAGCUUCCGUGUGUCGACCGCAUUCUCAAACUCUGCACCGACGUCUUCCUGGUGAGAGAGACAGGUGAGCUGGAGUUGGAGGAGGAGCUUUACGCCAAACUGAUCUUCUUGUAUCGAUCGCCGGAGACUCUGAUCAAAUGGACACGACGAUGACCUCAUCGAUCGAUGCGGAACCUGUGGUGACAUCACCACUGUCUCUGAAUCUGUGGUUCCUCCAUUCUCCAGGUGGAACCGUCAGUUAAAGAACAUUUACUGAAUUUUAUUUUGAAGGUUUCGAGAAACGUUAUUCUCUGUGUGACCAAUGGGAGCAGUAGGGGGGCGGAGCUAACUGAUCUGAGGACAGUGGUCAUGUUUCCAAUCAGUUCCACACUUGAAAUGUAAAAUGAUCAACUGGAGCGAAUAAACUCGGCUACAAGUGUUGAUUCCUGAUGAUUAAUAACUGAAGCCCCCCCCCACUGUAAAAUCAUAUGACGCUGCUGCUGACACUCAUUGACUUCCUGUGAUACUGGAACUAUUAAAGUUAUUAAUGUUUUAUUAAACACUUCUGAUGUA